CAGAAUUAUUAAAUUCAACGGAGUUAGAAGUUUGCAGGAAGUUAGUUCGCUAGUUUCCACCUAAACAUAAUAUACCAUGUUCUGACUGAGAGAUUUCUGAAAAAAUGAAAACGUACAGCUCUUCUAUCACUUCCAUCAUAAAUGAUAGUUUGGGCCCGAGAUUAAGCGCGAGAUUUCACGUCAUCAUUAGAGAAAGCUGACACCGGGUCAUUUGCAUACUAACAGUGAUUGGAUGUUGGACGUCCCUCCUGCCCCAGCGUAGAGCCCCCUCCGUUACACAUCUAGAAAUCGAGCAUCGAGACCUAUUAUGUUUCAUCCAGCACUCUGGAAGAAUGAGGCUUCUUCUCCUGCUCGUAUUUGUGUCCUUCAUCUUCGCCGGUUGCAGUCAGGGACUGAUACCACAUGUGAGAGUUAUUUUAGGAGACGCAUUUACGCUUCCAGAAAACUGUCAGACCGAUGAACAGGGUGAUCUGUACCGGCUUGAUCUUUACGGGACCCCCGAGGUGAAGGUGGCUGCCCACAAGCAAGGCCUGUGGACACCGACCGAGGUUUACCGAGAACGCAUCGGUAAAAACUCGUCGGUCGUGUUUAAUCCCGCAGUUUAUACCGAUACUGGGGUUUAUGAGCUACGAUGCGGCGAUCGGAGGGUGGAUGUUCAGGUCAAAGUUGUCAUGUCCUCUGAAAGAUGCGUCAGCGAGGGAGACGCGGUGAGCCUGCCCUGCUACUUUUCAACUACAGGGAAAGCGCGUUGGUCUGUGCGGUGGGAGAAAAACGGAGAAGAGGUGCUUAAGCGGAAUUCCUGGGAAGUCACCGGGGCUGCUGAGGGCAGACUGUCGCUGUCCCCGGAUUGGGUCUCACACGGAAACUUUUCUUUAACCUUGAAGCAAGCUCAGAAAGACGAUCAGGGGGAUUACUUCUGCUACAUCCAAGAUGAAGUCGUGAUUGCUGUGAGGCUGACGGUCACCGGCCAGAGGAGCCUGGAUCAGAGCAGCAGCACCCGUCCUCCGUUUGUGCCUCCGACACCGAGAGCCUGUGAAGAAAGUAGAAUUCUGCCUGCGGUAAUCAUUACAGCCGUGGUGUGUUUGCCUGUCGGCCUUUUGAUUGGCUGGUUAAUGACAUCAUGCUGCCCCAGAGGUGCCUCAUACAGACGGUCGACCAAAUGAAGCCUAGAUGGACCAUGAGAACCUCUCCUCUUCCUCCUCCUCUUCAGCACAUCUGCCAGCAGCUGCCUCUCCUUAACAAUGCCAGCUUUUAUGAACGCGCUUUAGUGUUUAGUGUGCACUUUAAUAAUACCGACGUUUUUAUAGUCACAAAUGAUAACAAUGACCAUUCACAUAUUUUAGAUUAAAACUUAAUUUGAUCUGUUUCAUUGUUAAAAUCUAUGCCUAUAUUUGUAUAUAUAUAUUUUCUAAAUAAACUGUCUAC